AGGAAUGGCCCUGGUACUUCCUUCUCAUGCACAAGUCUCAGUGUCGCUGCUUCUGCUGCUGUCCGUGCUCGGCUUGGCUGCAGGUGGGAAGCUGCUGGUGGUGCCAGUAGGUGGGAGCCAUUGGCUCAGCAUGCAGGAAGUGUUAGUUGGACUCAAGCAGAAAGGACAUGAAAUAGUCGUCGUUUCACCUGAAUUCAAUUUACAUGUAAAGCCAUCAGACAAUUUUACAAUGAAGCUGUAUCAAGUCCCCAUAUCAGAGGAAGAGAUAAACGGAGAUUUCCAGGCAUUUUUAAAGGAGGCAUUUGAAGAAGGAUCAUUCCUGGAAAGAUUUCAUAGAGUACGAGAAAGAGUGAAAAAACUCUUUGAUUUAGGCUUCAUAGCCUGUGAACACUUACUGAAAAACAAAGAACUUAUCAGAUAUCUCGAGGAGAGUAACUUUGAUGCCCUCUUUACAGACCCUGUACUGCCCUGUGGAGCGAUAGUGGCUGAGCAUCUUUCCAUCCCUUCUGUGUAUUUACUGAGGGGAAUACCAUGUGGAUUACAUAUUGAGGCCACUCAGUGUCCCAGUCCCCCUUCUUAUAUUCCCAGGCUAUUUACAGACCAUACAGAUCACAUGAACUUUCUCCAGCGUGUGAAGAAUGUCAUCUUUGACACCUCCAAUCUUUUUCUUUGUGACUUUUUUAAACCAUAUGAAAAACUGGCUUCUGAGUUCCUUCAGAGAGAUGUGACUGUACUAGAUCUCUUACGCAAGGCUUCCAUAUGGCUUCUGAGAUAUGACUUUGUGUUAGAUUAUCCAGCACCAUUGAUGCCCAACAUAAUUGUAGUUGGAGGAGUAAACUGUGCUCACAAGCAGCUACCUCAGGUGGGUUGUGCUGUUUUUAAUUCUUGUUCUGGUAGACUUCUGUGCUCCUAA